AUGGCGCCCAGCAAGGCUAGGCGUGCUUCACACCGUGCUGCAGUGCACUCGCCCUAUUUCCCGGCGCCGCCUGUUCGUCGACGACGCGAAAAGUCUCCCGAAAUUCUGUACACAUCUGCUUAUUUCUCGCCUGAACGCGUGCAAAAGACCUCCCUCGACAGCGGUACGGCUCCGGAAGGCCAGCCUACAGAAUACCAGUCCCUUCUCGAACUCCCUGGGUUUAAGUACUACAGUCAGGACUUCCUUUCAGCCUUCGAGGAGCUGUACUUUGCAAAGCCCAUACUCAUUCAAGAUUAUGUUGCACAUGAUCCGUGGAAAGUCUUGUGCGCCGUCAUGUUGCUCAACAAGACAACAGGAGCAAAGGCGGUCCCGGUGUUCUUCAACCUCAUGAAGAUAUGGCCGACACCUCGGGAUUUCGCCGUAGCCCCCCAGGAUGCAGUGGAGGAAAUUGUCAGGACACUCGGACUGAGUAAUAUACGCUCAGAACGGCUGAUCACCUUAUCUCGAAUGUACAUAAACGAUCCUCCCAGGCCCGACCUCCUGCGCAAAUCGAGGUGCAAGACAACCUCGUAUAGUUCCGUAGGAGCCAACGGCGGCCAACAUGUGGUUGCUGAACAGACAGAUUAUAAGCGGACACCUGUCUCUCACUUUCCUGGAUGCGGUCCAUACGCGCUCGACUCAUGGCGCAUCUUCUGUGCCGGUGACGAGGAAUGGAAGUCUGUGCUGCCAAAGGACAAAGAGUUGAAAAGGUUCCUUCGCUGGAAAUGGGCAUACGAGGAGUUUCGCCAGUGGGAUCCUGAACUCGGCCCCGGCAACGUGAUCACACUGGAUUAUGUUCGGGAUAUGACGGCGCUGUUGUCGAGUGAGUAG